AUGUUGCGAGCUGCGGGAAAGAGCUGCGGGAAAGUGGUCACUCGACUGCAAACUACGAUGGCGAAGCCCUCUCACGUGCGGUUCAAUGUGGGCGGGAAGGAGUUCUCCACCAGCAGGUCUGAGUCGGAGCGAGGAACGCAAUCUUGCAGAUCUUUUAGUGCAUGCGAUGCGAUGCAUGCGACGAUAAAGAUCUCUUUGUGUGUGUGCAGGACGACCAUCAAGAAGUUCCCGAACUGUUUGCUCUCAAGGGUGGGGUAGAGAGGCAGGGCAGGGAGGACCGGACAGACAUGCAUGUGCUGUAGUGAGUGCUGUGUGGAUGUCUGGAUGGCAUUGCAUGUGUGUGUGUGUGUGUGUGUGUGUGUGUAUGUGUGUGCAGAUGAUAGACGACCCCGAGCUGGACCAGACAGAGGCUCUCUACGGUACGGUGUGUCUGUCAGAUCAGUCAGUCACACAUAGCCAAUCACUGCAUGCGGUUGCUAUGUGUGUAUGUGUGUGUGUGUCGUCAUUCGUCAUGCGAUGCAGUUGACGGCGACCCCGAGCUGUUCCCCUUCGUGCUGCAGUACAUGCGUCACGGCCCGCCUGUCGCUCUCGACCCAAAGGCAGGCAAAGAAGCUGGGAUGGGACCACCACGACACACCGCACCACAACCACGGGUGGGCGGAUGGAUGCGUGUGUCUUAUAUUGCAGAUCUCCGCCAAUCGUGUGAUCAAGGAGAUGGUGGCCUACGGCCUGGAAGUCAGCAGGGACAACUUUGAGGUCGAGCGACAGGUAUGUAGGUACCUAUGUAGAGUAGACACACACACACAUGGGAUGGGUGCUCGCACCGCACAUGUGUGUGUGUAUGUGUGUGUGUUUGAUGUGUGUGCAGACGGACCACAGAGAAGCGAUGUUCGAGCUGGCCAGAACCCUUGCGCUCGGUGAGUGAGUGACUGCAUGGCUAUCAUAAGGCUGAAAGGCAUCCAUCCAUCCAUCCAUGUGUGUGUGUGUGUGUGAUGCGAUGCGUGCAGGCCUGGUCAACAAGACGGUCAACGAAUCAAGCGACUUCAAACUGGGUAGGUGACUCUACACACACCAAACACAUCAGAUGACGCAGGUAGGCAUCUCUGUGUGUGUGUGUGUGUCAGGUGCUUUGCUGACGGAGUCGUGCCGCGUGCACGGGGGCGAGAUAACGCAGCACCGACAGGCACGUAGACCACCACCCAGACACGCACGCACCCUCUUUGAUGUGCCUGAGGAUCACCCAGACACACACACACACCACACCACACCACACAACACACACACACGUGUGAGCAGACAAACAGACAUAAGUGAAGUGGGUGUGCGUCUGUCUGUCUGUCUGUCUUUCUGUCUUUCUGCAGGUGUGUCAGGCGUCGCCCAGUAUCUUCCUCGGGAUGGUGGCUCUCGAGCUUCAGCGACUCCAAGCAGGUAAGGUAGCCUCUCUACCCACACACACACACGCACACACACGCGUGCAUCUCUCUCUCUCCUUGUUUGCAUUGCAUGUGUGUGUUUGAUCGAUCAGGUGUGCGCCACGUCUGGAUCACGCCCCACGGGAUGGCCGAGCCCGACGUCUACUCGGUCAUCAGCCGCAAGAUCGACCCCGGCACGCCCAUCAACACACACAUGCUACCCUCGCCCAGCUACCCACAGCCAUCCACACCCACACUACCACCCCCUCCCCCUCUCCACAACGCCGCCACUCACACGCACACCCACAUGCCGCAGCCGACCGCGCCGAGCACUUUGCCCAGCACGGCGGCCACGAGUGACAACAAGUGAUGUGUAUGAUGUGACGUGCGUAGGGAGGGAGGAGAGAGUUGCGUGUUGUGUGGUGCCCAGCUGUGGCUGCCUUACCUGCCAGUACGUUUAGUGAGGGGUGGAGGUGAGAGAAAAGAGAGAGACAGAGGUUAUAUGUUCAAUGAGUGUGUGUGUAUCUGUCUGCAUUUAUUGCACACAUUUGUACGUCACACCGUAAGUGUUUUGUUGGAUCAGAUCGAGGGGAGGGAGGGAGGAGUGCUGCUGGGAUGGGUGCGGUGGGUGAGGUGAGCGGUCUUGACAAGACGUCUCAGUGACUGAGAAUCGCGAAGUGCGUGGCCGGCGACCGAGUGGCGGCGUUUUUCCAUAUAAUCUGCAUACACUCGUGCACUCGUGUGCUCAUUUUAAUGGCGUUUUUGCGUGAUAUGCAAGUGCCGCUGCGUAGAAUGAGACGCGUGCGUCUGAUCGAUGGGUAUCAUCUUUAUCGUCGAGAUCCUGCUGGGCGAACGACAGCUGAGUGAGGUCGAACGCCAGCAGGGGCUCCAUAAGAACUUCU